UCUCUAGUUGUAACUGGGUUAAAACGGACGGUUAGGGAAAUGUUUCUAAAAUUUUCGUUAGUUUUAUUUUUGUUUAAUUGUUUACAUUUGUCAUUAUGUGAUACCGAACAUACACCCCGAGUUUUUAUAGAUAACAAUGAAUUCAAAGGUUCAAUUGUUGGCACAAAAUUCCAAGAAUCCAAUGUCGAAUAUAUGGGGUUUCGGGGCAUACCUUACGCCAAGCCACCGAUAAACGAGCUGAGAUUUAAGGACCCUCAAAAACUUGAAAAAUUUGAAGGCACUUUAGAUGCCACUCACGAUGGUUACGAAUGCUGCUCGGAGACGGCCCGCAAUGGUUCAGAAGACUGUUUAAAUUUAAAUGUUUACACCAAACAGUUGAAGCCCGCACAACUAUUACCCGUAGUGGUUCUAAUACACCCCGGCGGUUUGUACUUGGGCAGUGGUGCCAGUUAUUAUAUGAGACCUGGUCAUAUGAUGACCCAGAAUGUGGUAUUGGUAACAUUCAAUCAUCGUUUGGGUCCCUUGGGGUUUCUUAAUCUGGGAACUCCCGAUAUACCCGGAAAUGCCGGCUUUAAAGAUCAAGUUUAUGCCUUGAGAUGGGUUCAAAAGUUCAUAGAAAAUUUUGGUGGUAAUCCCCAAGAUGUCACACUAAUGGGUUACAGUGCUGGAGCGCUUAGUGUUCAAGUUCACUUAAUGUCGGACAUGAGUAAAGAUCUCUUUCAUAAGGCCAUCCUAAUGAGUGGUUCGGUAGCGCCACAGGCCUUUUUGCCACAGGGACAACAAAAAUAUUUGGCGGUACGUUUGGCCAAAGGUUUAAAAUGUGAAAAAUUUCAGGCUAUACAAGAAGAGAAACCCUAUGGUGUGGAUUUCAAAUUCUCAGACUAUGAAGAGGUUAAAAAUGAAGAUAUUUUAGAGUGUCUUAGUCGGCAUAAUGGCACUGUUAUAGGCAAAAGUUUAAGAUUAAUGUUUGAUUUUGGUAAAGACAAUCCCAUUAUCUUAUGGCUGCCUGUAAUUGAAAGAGAUUUUCAGCAGGAACGUUUUCUUACCGAAAAUUUGAAAGUAGCUCGCAAAAAUGUACUCAUGGGCUAUACAAAUGGAGAACUUUGUCUAUCGGCUAAAGAUAUUUUAGAGGUGAAAUCUGUGAAAACGAAAUUUUCACAAGAAUUUCCGACUUUGGCUCCUCGAACUUUUAUGUACGAAAGACAUCCCAAAAGGGAUGUGAUUACAGAGGCAAUUGUAGCAAAGUAUUUUAAUGGAAGUACGAAUUUCACACUAAAAGAUUAUGAUGCUCUAUGUGAUGUAUUCUCUGAUGCCAUUCUACGCUUUGGUUCACACAAAUUGGCUGAUUUCUUAUCAGAAAACGGGGGAAAAGUAUAUUUUUAUGAGUUCACAUUUAUGGAAGAUUAUACCAAUAAUGAGGAUAUGUAUAAGGAUAAACAAGGAACGCAUGAACUUUUACAAAAAAUUUAUUUAUAUAUUUUAAACAAAUCUUCAGCUCGCUGUGAACACAUGAUAGAUUUUCAAUAUUUGUUUAAUUGGCCGGGACGAAAACAUGACUCGGAAAUUCAAAAGAAAAUUAUACAACUUUAUACGGGAUUUAUAUACGAUUUUGUUAAGAAUGGAAAACUUUCCGACACCAAGGCCAAACCUUAUCCCCAAUCCUAUGCCUUGAUCAAGGAUAAUAUCGAGUAUGUGGAAGGACGAAAUUUUAAGAACUAUGAAUUUUGGCUGCAACAUUUUCCCGAUUAUUUCAAUUAUAAAUUAGAUUGAUAACUUUUUAAUUUUUACAUGUGUCUGCCAACUUUUGUUGGUGACUAUAUUUAAAUGAAAAUGUAUUUUAUAUGCAAAACAAUAAAUAUAAAUAAUUUACCUGGUCUUAA